AGCAGGCGAGGAGGGAGCGCCGGGCUGGGCUGCCGCGAGCAGGUAGCGCCCUCUGCCCGGGCUGUGCCUUUGCCCUGCGGAUGCUGCCAUGAGCGGGAGCCGGGGCGGUGGAGGAGGAGGAGGCGGCGGCGGCGGGGUGCAGGCUGAUCCCGGGGCCGUCCGGAUGCGGGGUCCCGGGCGGGGCGGCUAGGGGCCAUGGGCUGCCUGCAGAGCGUGGCGUGCAAGGCGCGGGUGCGCAGGGAGAACAUCGUGGUCUACGACGUGUCGGCCUCCAUCGAGCCCGGCGCCACCGCCAUCGAGGAGACGUCGCCCAUCGUCUUGCGCUACCGCACGCCCUACUUCCGCGCCGCAGCCCGCGUCCUCAUGCCGCCCAUCCCGCGCCGCCACACUUGGGUGGUGGGCUGGAUCCAGGCCUGCAACCACAUGGAGUUCUACAACACCUACAGCGACCUGGGCAUGUCAAGCUGGGAACUUCCGGAUUUGAGAGAAGGACGAGUAAAAGCCAUCAGUGACUCUGACGGCGUCAGCUACCCUUGGUAUGGGAACACCACCGAAACGGUGACUUUAAUUGGCCCCACCAACAAGAUCUCCCGGUUCUCAGUCAGCAUGAACGACAACUUCUACCCUAGCGUGACGUGGGCCGUCCCCGUGAGUGACAGCAAUGUGCCGCUGCUCACCAGGAUCAAACGGGACCAGAGCUUUACAACGUGGCUGGUAGCUAUGAACAUGACCACCAAGGAAAAAAUCAUUUUGCAGACUAUAAAAUGGAGGAUGCGAGUGGACAUUGAGGUGGACCCUUUGCAACUCCUGGGCAAGCGGGCCCGGCUAGUGGGGAGAACUCAGCAGGAGCAGCCCAGAAUCCUGAGCAGAAUGGAACCCAUCCCGCCCAACGCACUAGUGAAACCUAAUGCCAAUGAUGCCCAGGUCCUUAUGUGGAGGCCCAAGCGAGGCCCGCCUUUGGUAGUAAUACCGUCCAAGUAGAGGGCCUUGUUGACUGUACGAGAUGAGGGCUUUUGCUGCCGCCACCGGUGUGGAUAUCUGAGCCAAAGAAGACCUCUCAAACUCGCCUGCCUUUUGCAACCACGCAUUGGAAGAGAGCUUCUUCAGGAAAGUGUUAACUCGGGCAAUGUGCCACAGGAAAAUAGCUGGGCCUCUGGAAGAAGGCCCCUUUGCGGUUUCAGAUUUCAAGGGUUAUUCUGGAGGGAGAAAGGAAAUCUGUCUUAGUGAAUCACAGCGAUUAACAGAAUGAUCACUAGUGCCUGUGGCUAAUUCUGCUUCCCAGCCAACUGUAGUGAUGGAGGCUUCCAGAAUGUUGUCUGCUCUCAGAUACUGAGGGGGACAGGACGGGAUGGCAUAUUACCACGUUAUACCUAUGCAUUUUUUUAAAAACUGAUAAUCAGAAUUUUCAUCCUGCUUGUUGGAACUGAGCGGAUGUUUGCAAGUGGGGGGAGGGCUAUUCAUGCCAUGUGUUCCACUUUGCUCUGGCAGAAAAGAGCAGCUCUGUCUGCAGGGAACUGUCCGUGGUACUGAACUGAAGCACAACUUGAACUACCGAUAAUCUUGUCCGCCCUUCCCCUCUUCCUGAGGACAACCGAUGCCGUCCGACAGAGCUGAAACUUUAUUUUUGCAUGCCGAUCGGUUUGUCUGAAGUAGUUGUAAACGUAGGAGCUCCGCCAUAAUUUUCUGGGUUCGAUCCAGAGUUAAUCAGCCAGCUACGACUGAAUGUUUUGAUAGGCUGUUCUUUUCACACACACCAUCCCUAACUCUGCUUUUUUAUACAAGCCAAAAUAAUCUAUAGGCCAAAAGACAUUCUUUAAGGAUUGGUUAUAUUCUUCGUAAGAAGAAGACUGCUGGAAGAUGCUCAGAAGCAGCCUGGGCAAACAAAAAAUAGGUUCAACAAUUCAUUGUCAAUGCUAAAAAAAACCCAUUUUUAAUUAUC